GUGGGUCGUUUUCGGAGCGGUUAAGUAAUAUUUGCACUUUAUAUCUAUUCGCAAUUAAAAUAUAUUUUCAACUCAAAACAUACAAUUUUAAUUUCGAAAAACGAUUAUAAACAAAACUUUUCAUAUAGUUUUCGACUAUGCAAUUGUUUAAACUGGAAAAAUAUCUGUUAACUUUCGUAUUUCUAGCGACUAUUAUUUUUACUACAUGUGAUUACGCUGCUUCCUUAGAAUCAUGGAAAAAAAUCAAGGAAUUUGGCUAUCCACUGAUGACGUAUCAAGUCUGGACCGUUGACAAAUAUUUGUUGGGACUAGAACGAAUACCGCACAGUAAACAUCGUAAUGAAUCUAUCGGAAAACCAGUUCUUCUAUUGCACGGUCUAUACUUAUCGUCAGCUAUAUUCACGAUAAGCAACUCGUCACUCAGUUUCGUUCUAUCGGAUGCUGGUUUUGACGUUUGGCUGUUUAACGCCAGAGGUGUUGGACUUUCGAGAAAACUUAGCAUUUAUAAGAAACCUGGAUUACAACCAAAAAUGAAUAGUAUAUCAUGGGAUUUCAGUUUUCAUGAAAUGGGUGUAUACGACAUGACUACAGCUAUAGAUUUUAUUCUAAAAAGUACCGGAUAUUCUAAAUUGGACAUGGUGGGUUACUCCCUCGGGACAACAAUGUCGCUGGCAUGCCUAUCGGAUAGACCAGAAUACAAUUCUAAAAUCAACAAACUUGUACUCAUGGCUCCAACGUCAAGACUUAAAUCAUCAGGCAUGCCGCUCAAAAUUGUAAAACAAUAUUCCAAAAUCGUAAACAUUUUUUUGGAUAGAUUUAAUUUUUUUCCGUACACUAAUGAUCCAGACACUACGUAUCGAUUAAUUAGACGAAUGUGUACCAAUCAAAGAGCUUUUAAAUAUUGCAGACAAUUUAUUGAUUUCGCUCAAGGAAUCAUCUUACCGAUCAACAAUGACACUAUUUUAGACAUCGUUUCCGAAUUUCCACAGCCAAUGUCUUCUAAAACAUUAAAACACAUGCUACAACUACUAACAUCUGGGAGAUUUAACCAUUAUGAUUAUGGUCCUUAUGGGAACAUGUUACACUAUCACACAAAAACGGCACCGGAUUACGAUCUAUCCAGGAUUACUGCUCCUAUAUAUGUUAUAUAUUCCAAAAACGAUACUCUAGUGCAUCCAUUGGAUGUUAAAUGGCUCAUAAAUCAGUUACCAAAUAUUAAGGAUGUACAUUACAUUGAAAAAAUACCAUUUGGUCAUUUAAGUUUUUCAUUAAGUCCAAUGAUGAAGGAAGUCGUGAAUAUGUACAUAACAAAUAAAUUAUUGGACAAUAAUUUAUAGGGUUUAGAAACCCAAAUAUAUUAUAAUAAUGUACAAAGUAACUUUACAGUAAAAAGAUACCUAUAUUUUAAAUAAUUGUACUUAGUUGUUAUCCCAUUGAUUUGGAUAUGUAUAAAAUGGAAAAUGUAUUAUUUGCAUUGAUUGGUCCUUGUUAUCAAUGUUAUGUCGAUUUCAAUUAUUUAUAUUUAAUACCCCAUCAUAAUAAUA